AAAAUAAAUAAAAUCUGAUUAAUAUGUAAAUUAUUUUUAUUUAUAUUAAUUAUAAAAACUUCUACCUUUGGAACCGAUUAAUCUCAGUGUCUUCUCCAUUGUACGCUACAUUGGCAAAAUAUUUUGCGCUCAAUUAACGUAGAGAUACGCCAUAAGAGAAAGAAACAAAACCAGCAAUGCGAAAAUUUUUAUACAAAUGAUAAUAUAUUGUUCAACCAAAACCAGAAAAUAUAAAAGAUGUCUGUCGUAGGUCCAGAGUUUUUUAGUUUUAUCAAAAAAUUAGAAGAUAAUGGUGAUAAAUUAAUACCUGGAUCACCGAUAGAACAACCUCUUGAGUUUGAAUUCAAUAACUCAAGUUGUUAUAUCUGCAAUGGAUACUAUGGACCUAGCUUUGGGGAGCCAGUUUGUAUUACUUGCCACGCUUUCCUUUUCCCUGAUUUCCCAUCUUAUUUACCGAGCUCAUACUUCUGUAGUGAGAAAACUGAUGAUGGCGACUCUGGUAAUGAUGAACCUUCAGACUUGAACUUUAGUUCUGAGCGUAAAAUUAACAAAGCUUGCCCCUUACCAGCUUGGUGGUACUACAGGAAUUCUCUCGACAGUGAGACAAGUCCUGAGGAUGAAACUAGUCGCACUAGCAAUUCAGGGCCUGGUGCCAGUGGCAGUGGUAGUGGAGGUAGUGGAUCUGGACCUUCAUCUGCACCAAGAGAAGGGAUUGAAGAUUUAGUAGGGCAAGGUCAACCACCUCAGCCACCUAGUCUUUCAAGGUCCCUUCAAGCACUCUCAACACCUCGCCUUCCUGAUAACUUAGCACCAGGACUAGUGGAACAUUUACCAUCUGAAGUGCUGCUGUGUAUAUUCCGCUACCUGGACGACCUGUCGCUGUGCGCGUGCGCGUGCGUGUGCGUGCGCUGGCGGCGCCUCGUGGUGGCGCGCGUGCCGCCGCCGCGCUGGGCCGCCUUCGCCGCGCGGCGCUGGCCGCUGUUCCGCCCGCUGCUCGCCAACAUCGAUUGGCAGAAGAAGUACCAGUCGCUGGUGGAGUCUUGUUUCUGCCGCAACUGUCUGGUGCAGAUGUGCGUGCAAGCUCAGCCCGCCGGAGACGAGAAUGCCUGGAGACGAAACCGACUUAAAAUUGAACUUAAGAUGUUGCGCAACGAUCCCCCGGAAGGCAUCGCUGCGACUCCGUUGGACGCCAAGUGUUGCCACUGGCAGGCCAGCGUCACGGGGCCCGUGGGCUCUCCCUACGAGGGCGGAGUCUUCUACCUCUACAUUCAAGUCCCCUACUCGUACCCGAUGAGCCCGCCCGUGGUGCGCUUCCUGACGCGCAUCCUGCACCCCAACGUGUCGCGCCACGGCGACGUGGGCAUCGACUCCGUGCACCACAACUGGUCGCUCGCCCUCACGCUCUCCAAGGUGCUCAUCUCCAUACAGAGCCUGCUCACCGACCCCUACACCACCGUGUGCAUGGAGCCCGAGGUGGGCGCCAUGUACGUGCGCGAGCGCGCGCGCUUCGAGGCGCUGGCGCGGCGCUGGACGUGGCGCUACGCCAUGCACGACGUGCUGCCCGCCUGAGCCGCCCGGUACUCGCGUGCGGAUGACGUAUCACGGCGUAAGACUGCUCUAUUGCUGUCAAAGUUAAAAACUUUCACAGAAAGCGUGCGGGCAAACCUGCCAUCCGAUGGCUCUCCCCGUAGAUAUAAUAUGCUUGCAUUAGUUUAGUUACUCCAAAAGAUCGUUAUAAAGUGAGAUUCAGUGAGAAAGAUAUAAAUUAAUAAACUAGUUUUCACACUGAAUAGAUACAGACGUUUGUACGCAAUAUAUAUUUGUUUGUAUCUGUAAUUAAAGAACAUCGGCCAAGAUCCAAAGAGCUCGGUCCUUCAAAGUUGUUGUCUGUAAACAGUCCGUCGAAUUUACUACAAACCGAUGAAUAAAAGAUGAAAUAUAAACUAAAUAUUUUUUUAAUGCCAUAAAAAACACAAUGCUAUGUUUUUACGUUAACAAUAACUAAAGACAUGUUUACAUUAAUUUUGGCCGGCUUUCUUUCCACAUAUGUUUUUAAUCUAGUUUUUAUUUUAAUCAUACGCAUUAUAAAUGUGAUCAUACCCGAUGUUUUUUACAUAAAUAUAUAAUGCUUAGCAACACUUUAUCAUCGACAGUAAUUAUUGAUAUAGAUCAACACUGUCCGGUCCACAUUAUUUCCUGGUCCAAGAAAAAAAUACUACUUUUACUGGUGGGCCGCGAAACGCUCCCUAAUUCUUUAAAAUUACUUAUAUUAAUAUUAUCCACUUCUGUGUAAUAUUCGUAUUUACAGUAAACCAAAAAUACGUCGCAAUAUAAAUAAAACGCAAACAUAACCUGCGGGCCGAGCUUUGGACGGGCCGGGCCGGUAGAUAAUAAAUAUAUUCAUCAAAACAUUGACCAAGUAUAGAAAAAUAUAAAACUUAAUAAGUGUUUUUCAGCUAUCGUUGACGUCAAACGUUUCAUGUUUUGUUUAGUAUACUAAAAUAUGUUUUAAAAUAAUUUAUUACCUACCUUUUGUAACUUGGAAUUAAUUUUGAGAAAGGAAUUGUACAGCUCAUACCCAUGGCGGGAGGAAUGUUAAAUAAACAACUUUGACCUAAUUUAUUGACUGACAUCACUGGCAAAGAUCUAAAAUCUAUGGAAUUCUUUAUAGAUUAAAAAAGUUUGGCAAAGUUGAUAUGGGAACUUUAGAAUUAAACUAUAAAACUAAUCAAAUGUAUAUUAAUGAAUAUAUUUGAAUUACGAAUUGUUUGUUGCCCCUAAUAUAGCAGAGCUUUUAGAAAAUCGCAUGGAAACUUUAAAUCUUAAAGUUUGUCUUUAUUCCUCCGGCCAUUGGUUUAGUGCAGACGAUUUGGCUGUGGGUAUGGUGUGAAUUGUAAAUAUAUUAUU